AUGGAUUACGAUCCCAUGGUAAUGGACCAGGAGUCCUCAGGACCUCAAGUCAAGAUCACAGAGGCUGGUUCACUUCACGUCGAUUUUGAAUUAUCCAACGUUGACCUCUCCUUUGCGAAUUCGCUCCGUCGAACCAUUCUCUCGGAAGUUCCAACGAUCGCCAUUGAUCGAGUACAGAUAGAAGCCAAUACAUCGGUUCUAGCAGAUGAAUUUAUCGCGCAUCGACUUGGUCUCGUCCCGCUGAAUUCUAAAAACUGUGACGAUGUCAUUUACACAAGAGAUUGCGAUUGCGAUGGUAACUGCGAGCUUUGCAGUGUUACACUUACUCUUCACGCGAGAUGUACGGGUGACGAAAUCAUGAAGGUUUAUGCUCGCGAUUUGGUGGUCGAUCCGCAACGUGCCAAUAAAUGGGUAGGAAAUCCUGUCAUCACAGAUCCGGAAGGACUUGGACCCGUAAUUGCCAAGUUGAGAAAGGGGCAGGAGUUGCGCAUGAAAUGUAUAGCCUUGAAGGGCAUUGCAAAGGAACAUGCGAAAUGGGCACCUACCGCUGCUGUCGCGUUCGAGUAUGAUCCACAUAACAAAUUGAAGCAUAUCGAUUUGUGGUAUGAGCACGACGCUGCAAAGGAAUGGCCCAAGAGUAAAUACGCGGAUUGGGAAGAACCAGCCCAAGAAGGCGCCCCCUUUGAUUACGAUGCCGUGCCCAACAACUUCUACUUUGAAGUCGAAUCGAUCGGUAACCUAGAGCCCGAUGCUAUUAUCCAACAGGGCAUUAAGGUUAUGCAACAAAAAUUGGCUGCGGUCCUCCAAGAUCUUACCGAGGGCGACGGACAAGCUAAUGGUGGUGGGUACGAUGCGCCUCAGAGUCCAGAUGUCGGUAUGAAUGGUCAGAGCUGGCAGGAUCCGGGCUAUGCUACGCCAUAUGGUGGGGGAAAUGAUUGGGGUGGUGCCGGUGGUGCGGCUACUCCUUAUGGUGCUACUCCUUAUGGCCAGCAUGGUCAGAGUGGUCAGGGUGGAUGGUAG